AUGAUCAGUUCAGUAACUUUUAGUUACGAUGCCUGCAACAUUGGGAUUUAUAUACAAUGUUCUUUAUCCUUCCAUACUUAUAUGGUUCACGCAGAUUAUGGACACCCAAUACUAUUCACAAAUAACGCUCUAAUAUUGUCGUUCAGCAUUUCCCAUGGAAAACAGGAGGAUUUCAAUUUGCUAGGGCUCAUAGAAUGUCACAAGAAAGAUGAUUUUUGGAUUAAACUUGAUAUCGAUCAGACUGGUUUAUAUAAAGUGAUGAUGAGGAACUUGCAUCACGACUUAGGCAUGCAGUUGAGACCAACACACUUGAGUGCAAUAGACAGAUAUGGUAGAACUCUUGCAUGGUUUCUUACAACUGUACAAGUCUUCUCCUAUUGA